AUGGAAAACAAUAUUGUAAAAGACAGAUAUGCGCCAGAUCUUAUCCAUCCUGCCGGUUACCCGAUUCCAGAAGGGCGAGUGCAAUAUAUUGAACAACAGAAUGUGGAGCGAUCAGAGGUAACUUAAAUUUUUGGUGUUUUUUGUAAUAUUAGAUAAUAAAUAACAUUUUUAUGUAUUUGACGUGAAAGAUAGUUUUUAUUAUUUAAAAUAAUGUUGUAUCUUAACAUUGCUAAAGUAAUGGAUUGCGACAGGUAUGAAUUACCUUAUUUUAAGUUGUUUUAGCUAGAAGCAGUCUCUGGCUAUUGUAUUUGGCCCAGCACGUCGGUCUCGAAGAACAACUUCAUUGUCAACUAUGUGAUGGAGGUUGGCACCAAAAUGGCAUAUCCUUUGUCUCGAGCAGUGGUUCCUGACAUUGGCAAGUUCAUCAUUCUUCGAAACGAUGAAAUUAAAAAUAAAAUAGCAUCGUUUCCUUUUGGCACUUAUGUGGAGUUUUUGAAAGAGAAGAUGAAUGGGUUGAUUGUGAUAAAGGGGGUUACACGAGCUGUGAGAAGUUAUAUUGUAAGAUUUUGUUUUUUUUUCGAUUUUAGGUAACAGAUUUUGGAAAAUUUUUGUAAAAUGGGUUUUUUCACAGGCGUUUGUUUUUCAAGAAUUAUAGUUUUUAGUUUAUCUAAAGCUUAAAAUUAUUUAAGGCUGGUUUUUAUUUAGAAAUGGGCGCUUAAACUUGGUUUUUAUCUAAAUUUAGGUAACAUUUUCUUCACUUCUACCAAAUUAGCUAGUAUUUUUCAAAAAUGUAGAUUAACUUUAAAAUUUUAAUGAAAAUUUGUUAAUUUUAAGAACAUUUUAGUUCGAAAACACUAGAAUGACGCGAGGAAUCGGCAAAGACGCGUACAAGUUGUUCAUACAUGGUCUACAGAUCACGAUGCCUUUUAAUGUACUUCAUCAUACCGAAUGGCCUCCGGGUGUCGCAGUUAUUGGCGCAGUACACCCAGAAAUUGACUUGACUAGAGUAAACCACGAUUACUACAAAGUAAAUAUGCACUUGGGAUCAGUUACUGGAAUUACCAAGGAAUUACUCGAUUGGACUGGAUGUGUAAGUGGGAAUGGUUAGUUUUUUGAAGGUAUAGGUAACAAAUAACUAGUUUUGUGAAAAAAAAUAUUUUUUUGUUUUUAAAAUGAUUUUUUUGUAAAAAUAUUGUUUUAGGUAACAAAGAUACUUUUAUAGACAAAAAAUAUUUUAGGUAACAACAUCUGUGUUUUUUAAACAAAAACGCAUUUUUAGGUAAUAUUGUUUUUUUUUCAGGUUUGGAUGAUACAGCCUAUACCUGGUGUGUCAUCAGAACUUGCCACUUACCAUGCUAAAGCAGGAUUUGUUAAUCAUGUGGGUGGAUAUUAACUUACAUUUUUUGCGUUUUUGGAAGUAUUUUAAGAUCUGUAAAGUACCCAUGUGUAAAAUAUGUAUGACCUGUACAGUAUAUACGUGUAAUAUGUAUAGGUAAUAUCUUGUCUAGUUUCAGCUCGGAAGAGUUCGAAGUACCCACAGGUUGAUGGUAGUUGACGAUACGUUCCUCUUUGAUCCAGAAGAACCGUAUGUACCUCGUUAUGUGUUCAAACAAAAGUCGGAACGGCCCAAGUACGUGCUGAAAGGCGACAUGGUGCUGGCCGGAGUGUACGAUAGUUACCUGACCGAGGUCAAGUUCUGUCAUACCAGUUGGAAGAAGAAGGGCAAGUCACUCGAAACGAGGGCCAAAUUCCAAAUAUACGAAAAGUUCUUCACGAGAAAUUGUGGACUGGUACUGAGAGAGUACUUGGAACAGAACCCAGCUGACUCGAUUCAGAAGGACAAGAGUGUGGUCAUGAUUAUGAGUAGGUUCGGCAUAAAAUAUAGUUUUGAUUAUUGGGGUUGGGUGGGGUAAGGUAAUGACAGGGGUAGAGCAAGAUAGCGAGAGGAGGGAAGGUAGGGUAAGGUAGGAAUUUUACUACUUGAAAAAAUGUGUUUUAUUUUAGAUACUACGCCGUACGAACGUACAGUAGCGAAAAAACAUGCUCUACAUUACUUGACGGAUCUAUUCCAUAAACGCUACAAUGUCAUAUUACAUGGACAAAGUCUGAUUUCUGUAGGUUUUUGUUGUCAACAUAGACUAUAUUAGGCUGUUCACAUAAUUCUGUGCUUUCUCUUAAAGCAUAUUUUUGGUAGUUGGGGCACAGAAUUAUUUGAAUACCCGAAUUCUUAUAAAGAUGUGUCUUGGUAUAAGAACAGAAAUGAAGAUAGUCUUACUGUAGUUUGUCGCCUUAAUAUCUAUUAUAAUAUAAAGAGUGGGGCAGUUUUUUAAAAACAUUGAUAAAGUAUACAAUUUUAGUCAAAACCCACGGACUUUGGGCCAUGCCGGUUGUACGGACCGCAUCAAGAGUUGAUCACGGACGGUAGGGAUCAGAAGGCGGUCACAGAGUUGUGCGAAGGAUUGAUGGGCGAUUGGGGCCGAAUCGAUGUUGUGGUGAUGCUGACGGACCGAGGACAAGGCGCCGAGGAGGAGAAGAUGACCAUGAAGGAGUAUUUGGAGAAACACCAAGUUGAACCGUAAGUGGGAACAAGGUUUUAUCAUGUUGGAGGUCUUUCUUCCUUUUGUUUUGUAUAGUUAUCUACAUGUGGAAUUGCCUUCGGAUCGGCUCUAGGGGGUGGAUCUAUUUAGCAUCGUUCACUUGAUUCCGUAGCUAUAUUUUUGGUAGUAACACUAAUGUUUUAGAGUGAGAACUAUGAUGUCUGGUCUCAGAUCCUACAUGACCGAGUUUCGUUUGAAAUGUCGGUUUUUGCAUAUUGAAAUCAACGGAUUCAGAUGUUCUCCAGAAUACAUAGAAGCACAGAAUCAAAUCAGGGACACGUUGCGAGGGAUCGGACAUUACAACAGAGUACCGUAGGUUUUUUAGUUAGAUUUGGGAUGGAUUGGCCUUCAUUUACAUCCUCUCUCAUAGUAACGUCUUUGGCUGUAAUGGUACUUUGAUAUAGUUUCUUGACUGUCAUACUAAAGAGCAUUGACUGUAUACAGUAUUGAACCGUUUUGCCAAUUACGAUGACUAAUCGCGAACUCUUCAGCUACUCAUUGCUAACACCGUACCUCCACUUUGACGACGUCACUCCACCGUCCCUAUUCAUGGGUCGCGCCUUGAAUGAAUAUAUCACUGACUUUGUAGAGGAAUUGAGAUCUCGGGAAACGCUGGAUGAUCGAAGAGCCGACAUUUCCAUCGAGUUGGACGUGUUUUGA